UAAUACCUCGGGAAUGGUAAUAAGGCGGUGACAAACAUAUUUUAAAAGUGAAAGUGGCAUGUUGAGUUUGAGUAAACAGGAACUCAUGGAAGAGAAGAGAGUGUUUGGUGUGGCUGCCAAGAAAACCAUGUCCAAAAAAGAUGGCCUAGAUUCAUCGUCACCUUGGGAGGCGUGCAAUGAUUCAUGGGAGUUGAAGGCAGUGGGAGAUGAUGAUGAUGUAUGGGACAAGUUUUUGCCAUGGGAUUAUGGUGAGAUUCUUGCAAGAGAAGGGGUUUCUCCUGGUGUCAUCACUAAGAAGCAAGCCUAUCUCCUCCUCUUUGGCUCUCCUUUCCUCUUGGAUCAGGGCAAAUUGAGUUUUGUGUUAAACAAGGGGGGAGGUGAAAAAUGUUGUAUGCUAAGUGCGAGGGAGCUUUCAAUCGCUUGGAAAGAUACUCCGUACUUUUGGCGAUGGACAACUUUACCUGAAUCAAGAUUUUCUGAGGUAGCUGAGCUUCAAUGUGUGUGUUGGCUUGAAAUCCGAGGGAAGAUUGCGACCACAAUGCUGUCCGACAAGACUAAUUAUUCGGCAUACCUUGUGUUUAAAGCCAAAGCCGAAUGUUUUGGUUUGGAGUUUGCAGCAGAAUCUGUUGUCAAAUUUGUUGAUUCAGAAGAACGCGAGGUAAGUGCUGUUCAUCUGGUAUCCCCAAGAGGUACAGAUGGAGGAGCUAGAUAUUAUAUUGGACAUGCAGAGAGACAGGUGCCACAAGAGAAUGCACAGCUUUCAUUUGAGAGACGGGAUGGUUGGAUGGAGAUAAAACUCGGAGAAUUCUACAAUGAUUGUGGAAAUGAUAAUGAUGGUGAAGUGGAAGCAGCACUUAUGGAGACUAAGGCGCAAAACUGGAAGGGCGGUCUCUUCGUAGAGGGCAUUGAGUUUCGGCCUAAAGGCAUGCAGGUAUAACUAGACAGGAUGCUUAAUUCAUCCUUUUCUAUAACUUAUCAAGAGUGCUGGUAUUGUAUGAGCAUGAGUCGUCUGUCUUCGAGUAGCAGGUUCGGUUCCUGGUUUUGGUAUUGUAUUAGCAGGAGUAGUCUGUCUUCGAGUAGCGGGUGUGGUUCCUGGUUUUGGUAUUGUACUAGCAGGAGUAGUCUCUCUUGGAUUAGCGGGUUUGGUCCAUCGCUAUUCAACUUGAAUUAUAGCGGGUGUGGUUCCUGGUUUUGGUAUUGUACUAGCAGGAGUAGCCUCUCUUGGAGUAGCGGGUUUGUAGGUCCCUGGUUCUUCAACUUCAAUUGGAUAGCAUAGUAUAACUCUCUAAUAUUAUGAAUGUAGUCUCUUUUGGGCUGCAGGUUUGGUUCACUGCUAUUUGACUUGAAUUAGAUAGCAAUGUAUGACUAUAUAAUAUUAUAUUGUUAUGAAUCUAAUCUUCCUUUUUCCAAGUAUUGACAUCCCAGACGUUGCCCUUCUUUCGCAAACAAGAGUUCAGUGAGUACUCCUUUUAGUUUUUCCAUACAUGUGGAUAUUGUUUUGUUUUUUAUUGGUAUUGUUUCAGUUGAUGCGCUUAUGGUUGUCUAAGGUACCAUAUCAUUGCUUCGCAUGGUAAAAUUUACAGCAUUGCUCCGUCAGCCCUUGCACCACUCACCACUUGGUGAAAAAUUCGACUCAUGCAGGAGCAUGGGACGUAGCUAUUGCCUCCCC